AUGAUGGAGUGCGCCAGUCACAGGCUUUCGCAUGCGACUUUGCGCCUGCGUAUAUUCCGCCAGCUAUACAUCUCAAAUACAGGACCACGAUUUCUCAACCGUUCCAUCUCAACCUCAUACGCGCAGCUCAGACAAGCUCAUGAUGAAGCUCCAUCCCCGACUCCACCAUCGCCCAGCAGCUCAACCAAAGACUACAUCCCUCCCUCAAAACGCCUACCACAAUCUCCCGUGAUCACACACCCCCGCUCCGGUUUCAAGAAAAUCUACAAACCGCGUCCAGAACCCGAGGAUAAUGCCGAACUCAAGAGGAACCCAUGGGCCGCUGCGCUUGCGUCGCCGGUGCGCUUCUGCGUCACGACGGGAACACGAUUACCACGUCGUUUGAUGGGUAUUUAUGGACUGAUAAAACGACCGGAUACAAAUCAUAAUUAUCUUUUACCGUUGGAUUUACUCAAAGACUCGAUUCAAAAACGGUCGGCCGAAAGUGAAGACGAGUCGUUGACGUCGGAAUCCUCCACCAGUGCAGAUGCCAAGGUGGCGCCUGGCCGGGGUGUUUCUCCCUCGAUACCUCGGGGUAGGACAUUCAGCCCUUCUCUUCACAUGGUUACUCUCCGUCCUCUUAUUCAGGCAGCGACGCCUCAUCUCGCAUCCAGGUUGGGGAAGAGGCCUGGCAUUGCGAAGUUGAUUCCAUACCGGUGGAAAAUUCCAGUUGGUCCUCUCGGUGCCAAUGAUUUGAGGGAUUGUGUGUGGAGAGCCGAUAUGCCGGAUUAUCUCCUGCGACUGAUGAGGAAGGAUAUUGUCAAGAGACUUGUUAAUAUUAGUGAGAAACUUGAAGCGGACAGGGACAUCGCCUGGGAAUCUUUGGAUAUAGACGAAUAUUCGGAUUCCGCUCUCGAGACCGCACUUGGCGGCAUGGAGCCGCUGGAACAUGAGGCAUGCGGUGCAAUCCUCCUUUUUGCUGCGAAACCCGAGCAUGAGGCUGAGUCGGGCCCUGCCUCGAUGACUGUCAUCCAUCCUCGAACCCAAACAACGAUCCCCGUUUUUGACUUGUCGGUACUUCUUUCCGAGAAUGAGCUUGAGACUUUACGCACAAGUUCAAGUGCGCAUUUGGAAAGCGAGGCUCUAUUUUUCAGACCCAACGGUGGCCAUGAGGACAUGAGUUUGAUGCUGUAUUUGUGGAAAUUGCAGCGCUAUCUCGCUGAGAAUUCCUAA